UCAUAAUCACUCUUCCGUGCGUUCUUGUGAAUGAAACGGAAUAUUCAUGAGAAGAUAAGUACAUGCAUAGACACAGGUGGAGGAACACAAAUAAAGAACUAAAUAAAGCACGGAAUUAAAGUGAAAAAUAUUAUAUGUAAUAAAGAAAAAAGAAGGAAAGUUGCCCUUUGCCGGGAGAAUCACAGAAUAGCCCUAAGCUACCGCCGCCUUGGCCGCCUGUCGCUAUAUAAACCCUCGCCACGACCGUCGUCUCAGCACAAACCCUACUGCACUCUCAAGUUGCCUCGCUCUCAUCUUUGCUCCAGCAUGCUUUGCAUAGUGACAGUCGCCUUGUUGGUGCUCGUGGCGCUGAAAGAUGCCGAGGCGGGGACGCCUCCUAUAUCUGACAGCUGCAGGCACUGGUGUCCAAGAGCAGGAUAUCCUCCUGGCGAAGCGUUUUACUGUUGUGAUCGUGGAAUUGGGACUAUAGGGGACGAGUUCGACUCGCACCCUGGCAAAUGUCCCGACCGUCCUUUCUGCCCCAAGAAUGAGUAUCUCAGAAUCGGACCAAGGCCCACGGUAUGUGCUCAUGACGGCCAGUGCAAACGUCACGAGAAGUGUUGUACUGAUGCCUGCCUUAACCACCACACCUGCCUGAUUGCUGACCCACAUUAACCUGGUGAUCAGGACCUCCAUGACAUCCCCUUCUUAACAAGAGAAACUAAGAGGAUUGAGG